CCGUUACCGGGAUGUACGAUAUCAGUCGCUCAGCUUAAGCUCUCCAAGUAGUACUACUACCCGCGUUUCGUCGUCCGUCCGUGUACGUGCAGUGUAACAUAGCAUCAAGAUGAAGGUUAUGGUCUGUGCUCUUGUCCUGGCCGCCGUGCUGGCCGUUGCCAACUGUGCCCCGUACCAAAUCGCUUACCUGGUCCCGGUCGAUGCUCCAGUGGCCCGUGUAGCACGUGCUGCACAGUUCAGCGGCAGUGCGGCCAACGCCGGCGCUCAGUCCUUCUCGGCCGGUGGUGGAUUCCCUGGCUUCGGUGGCUUCUCCGGCUCGUCCGCCAACGCUGCCUCGCAGUCGUUCGGUGGUGGAUUCGGCGGAUUCGGAGGUUCGGCCGCCAGCGCCGGCGCUCAGUCCUUCUCGGGCGGUUCCGGAUUCCCCGGCUUCGGUGGAUUCAGCGGCUCGGCUGCCAAUGCCGGCGCUCAGUCCUUCAGCGGUUAAGCGACGAACCGGACGCUUUCAACUUUCCGCACCCUCUACGGACGCGUGAUCGUUCGCAAAUGGGGGCAGAGCAACAACAUCUGCAACGGAGCAAGGAAAUGAACAAAAAGGCACAUAAACGCAUAAGUACUAGUACGCAUGGUACUCCACUGACGGCCGGGAUUACGUUCUAGAAAUCGGCAGUCCGUACAAAAUACACACACAAACACAAGAAGCGCAGACAAAAAAGAAACGUAACAAAAGCACAUAUGCGCGAACGAAAUUACAAUGACACACAUGACACUUGCAUCCGCGUUUGUUAGACAUAACGACGGAGAGGGAAAAAAACAACAACGACGACAUCAAAAAACAACAUCGUACAAAUAGCGAACCGCAGCAACAGCAAAACUGCGCGAUAACAGCACGCAUACUCUCAAGGUGGUCGAUUGUGAUACGUUUGGAUAAAUUAAACCUUUUAUUGUAAAACAAA